AUGUCUAUCACAAGGGCGUUUACGACCCGGAGGGUCAAGCAAAGUGUUCAGCUAGCUGAGGAAAAGUCGGUGCAGCGCAGCAACACGACCACGAAAGGUGCAGCCAGCGCUCUCCGGCACAAGAUCUCCGGCCCGGUUGAACUCAUCCACACCACCAACAUGUUGUCCUACAAUGCGCCAGAUAUCCAGCCCAUGUCGGCGAUAUCGACAGGCUCGUCACAAAGAUCUGACGACGACAUGUCUGACAGCGCAGUUACAAACGGCACAACUCCUCCCACAAGUCCGGACGUUGAGUCGCCCGCGAAGAUGUCAGCGGGCCCGCAACCAAACCACCUAUCUUCCUUUUUCACAACUGGGCCCGCUCAGCACAAGACUCCCACUUCGGUGACUCCAGCAUCGGGGCCAGUGAUCCCACAGCGCACCGUAUCGCACUCCAAGAAACAAUACAACCUGGUGCGGCAACGCUCUGCAUCGGGGCUAUCCCAACAAUCCCACCAGUCUCAGCCAUCCCAACGCACCAUCUCGACCAAAGCGAGCUUAACCUUCUCACGGUCCUCGUCCACCAGCACAAGCACCAGUGUCAGCUCAGUCCCAGUACACCAUCAACAUCAACAACACAAAUCCAAGCUCUCCAACACCGUAACAUCCUCUCCUUCGGCUCCCACUUCUCCACCCCGACAGCGUUCGAUCCGGCAACAACCACCGCCUGUCCAACACAGUAAAAGCACCAGCAGUGCAAGUAUCCAGCAGCACCAACAUCAACAACAACACCCAUUCGGCAAUGAACUCGCGCAGGUGUCAGAGCUGGCGGAGGAGUACGGCGUGAAGGACCAGAUGGCGGCCAACGUGGUGGACCUACAAGACCACGAAAUGCAGCAGCGUGGGCUAUUCAAGAUCAGCGCAGAUGAAUACCUAAGUGAGGUGCGUAGCUUGUUCGCCACCUUCAUGGUCCCAUCACGACCUGUGGCCGCCGCUUGGAUUUAG